UUGUGGUGGAAGAAUCGUACCCGUUCUGCUGUGCAUUUGUCAUGAUACGGGAGUAGCUUGUGCUGGAAGGAAGUCGGAGGCUUGUGACAGAAGAUUGGCUGAAUCUUGCGGAGGAAGAUUCUUCCAUCGCAAGCUUGUAGCCGCUAUAUAAUCGACGCUGGGCAACCCAAACGUAUUGAUCCACUCAGUUGAUCCUAUCUGUUGUGAACCACAAACACUAUGGCAGAUGACAACCUCACCGCCGCCGCGAUCUUCCAGUGGGUGAGCAGCAGUAGAGCCAGGCUACUGAUCGACGACGAUGACGACACCGCCGUCGUCGGUCACAUGAUCCACGAAGAAGAAGCAAGGCGCCGGGAAGGCGGGAGGCGUGGUUCCGUUCCCGGUCACAUCGUGAUCGACCGGGAACAUGGUUCUGGGCAUGCAAGGAUCAUGGCGGACUACUUUGUAGAGAACCCGGUGUACACUGAUGCUCAAUUUCGUCGCCGGUACUCGUCAUUUUUUGUUCUCGUUGUGCGUAGGGGGAAAAGGUUUGCUUGCUGACUCAUGCUAUUUGUGUAGGUACCGAAUGAGGCGUGCCUUGUUCCUUCGCAUCAUGGAAAGCGUGACGGCGAGGGACCCUUGGUUCUCUUGCCGGCCUGAUGCGACAGGGAAAAUGGGUCUAUCCCCGUUGCAGAAGUGCAUCGCGCCAUUACGCAUCCUGGCGUACGGUGUUCCGGCCGAUGCGGUUGACGAGUACGUGCGCAUCGCAGAGUCCACCUCGUUGGAGGCUCUGAACCGGUUUUGCGCAGCGGUGAUUGAGCUCUUUGAGGAGCAGUACCUCCGCGCCCCUACUGCGACGGAUGUCGCGGCUCUCCUUGCAUUCAACAGCACUCGUGGGUUUCCGGGUAUGUUGGGGAGCAUAGAUUGCAUGCAUUGGGAGUGGAAGAACUGUCCAACCGCUUGGAAGGGCAUGUUCACUGGCCGUGGGAAGCAAUCCUCGAUGGUGCUAGAGGCAGUGGCUUCCCAUGACCUAUGGAUAUGGCAUGCAUAUUUCGGGAUGCCCGGUAGUAACAAUGAUAUCAAUGUGCUGCAUAGGUCCCCGCUAUUUCGUAGGCAGAUUAGGGAUGAGGCACCCCCCGUGCACUUCACCGUAAAUGGCAACGCCUACAAUAUGGGGUACUACCUAGCGGAUGGGAUUUACCCUGAUUGGCCAGCUUUUCUUAAAACUGUUCGUCACCCCAUGACGAACAAAGAUUGUCAGUUCGCCCAGGUUCAGGAGGGGGCACGCAAGGACAUUGAGCGUGCUUUCGGAGUUUUGCAGGCUCGGUGGGCGAUCAUUCGUGGACCUGCUUACGGCUGGGACCGGUACAGGCUCAAGAACAUCAUGAUGGCGUGCAUCAUCUUGCACAAUAUGAUAAUUGAUGACGAGUGCGGUGAGAACCUACCAUACGUGUACGACAGCAAUGGUCCACCAGUGUAGCCUUUCAGGUCUGGUACUCGCGAGCAGACUGAUUUCAUCGCGGCCCACCAUAGGCUUCGUGACCGUGACACGGCACACAAGCUCAAGCGCGACCACAUCGAGCAUAUUUGGUCCUUGUUUGGGUCUUCUUAGCUGUAUGAUGUCUUCUAGUUCCUUCGGAUUUACAUAUGAAGUACCUUAGGCUUGUAUUUCAAUAACGUAGUCAUCUGUUGUCUUCA